AACACUUUUCUGUCGGCUAUUAAAUUCCACCCCUGCACCCUGCAUCUGCAUCUGCAUCUGCAUCUCUCUCCUUCCAACGAAAUCCCACGCAUUUCUCUCUCUCUCUCCCUCCCUCUCUCCCUCUCUCUCACAUCACUGAUCUGACUCUCGAUCUGUUCGUUUCGCACCGACGCCUGAUCCGCAUUCCUCUGAAUUCCCAACAACAUGACGGAGGAGGAGGUGGUGAACGUGCGCGGCGGCGAAAUCUCCGAUUCCAGCGACGGCGAUCGGCACAAUAUCAAGGUUAAGUACUGCAAUGGCGGUGCUGCUCACGAGAACGGUAGUGUCGCUGGCGACGCGAUCGCCGGCGACGGGGCCGUCGUCUCCGGGAAUGACGGCGGUGAUUCCGGUGCCUCGGAUCUCACCGUCGUGGUAGACGACAAGGUGGAUGGAAAGGCUCUUUGUGAGUCUGAUGUGGCGGUUUCUGAGGCUUCUGCUGUAGCUGAAUGCGAGUGCGAAGAAGCGGUUAAUAAGAAGGAGGAGAAUGAUUUGGAAGAGAAAACGGAAAUUAGUAAUGGAACAAUCCCUGUCGGUUGGGGCGGUCAAAAUGACGAGGGAUCUGCUGUCGUUUUGGAAGACAAUGCGAAGGAGGUUAAUGAGACAAUAACUUCCGAUCAUGGAUUGGGUGUUCAAAACGGUGCGAAGAGCGAGAUUCGCGAUGGCAUUGAUGAAGUCAACGGUGCUGAUUUGAAUGGAAUUCACCAGAACGGUGAGAUUCACGGCGACGAGAAAAAGGAACCUGUGACCGUUGUAGAAGUAGAUCGUACUGAUGGGAACAAUGGUAGUCACAGCGAAUUGGAAAGUGUGGCUGUUGAAAACUGUGUGGUGAAUAAGGAAGUUUCAGUUACUAUGGAUGUGAAUGAGUUUGCUGAUAAAGAUGGUGAAAGCAAAUCAGCAGAGAAGGCGCAGCUGGAGGCUGUUGAUUCAGGUGGUGGAAUUGAGGAAGGUGGAGGGAGUGUGUUGGAAGGAACAAUUGAAUCUACCUCUGAUGCUGUUUCCGAUGAGAAGGCUGUUGCACAGGAAGUAACAGAUCGUGAAUUCACGAAUGUGGUUAACGGAGAUUAUCAAAAUGGUUCUGCAGAAACUGAGAAGGAUGAGAUUCCUAUUGGCAUUGAUGGAGUGCCUGUUUCUGUAGAUGUGAAGGAAUGCGCUGGUGAAGAUGCUCACAUCGGUUCGGAUGUGGAGAAGUCUGAGGCUGAGACCGUAACUGAUUCAAAUAAUGUGAAUAAGAGUGUUGCUGGAGGUGAUGUUCAAAACGGUUCAGCUGAGCAGGAAUUGAGCAAUGGGGUUCAUGUUGAAGGUGAGUCUGGCUGCAAAUUUGAGAAGCCUGAGGAGGAAUCAGGAGAAGAACUGGUUGACAAAAUAGAAGACUCAUCGGCCUUGAACAAUUCAAAUAUAUCUGGACAUGGUAUUGUUGUGCCUGAGGCGAAUGCCAAUGUAAUGGAGUGUGAAGCUGAACCUUCAAAGAUUGCAAUGGAGAGUGAUUCCGAGCCUUCAAAUCUUGUUGUUGAGAGAGAAGCCGAACCUUCAAAUGCUGCAGUUGAGAGUGAACCUGAGCCUUCAAUCAUUGCUGUUGAUCCUGAGCCUUCAAAGAUUGCAAUGGAGAGUGAUCCUGAGCCUUCAAAUCUUGUUGUUGAGAGAGAAGCCGAACCUUCAAAUGCUGCAGUUGAGAGUGAACCUGAGCCUUCAAUCAUUGCAGUUGAUCCUGAGCCUUCAAAGAUUGCAAUGGAGAGUGAUCCUGAGCCUUCAAAUCUUGUUGUUGAGAGAGAAGCCGAACCUUCAAAUGCUGCAGUUGAGAGUGAACCUGAGCCUUCAAUCAUUGCAGUUGAUCCUGAGCCUUCAAGGAUUGCAAUGGAGAGUGAUCCUGAGCCUUCAAAUCUUGUUGUUGAGAGAGAAGCCGAACCUUCAAAUGCUGCAGUUGAGAGUGAACCUGGGCCUUCAAUCAUUGCAGUUGAGAGUGAUGCUGAACCUUCAAACGUUCCACUGCAGAGUGAACCUGAGCCAUCGACCACUUUGGUCGAGCAUGAAAGUGAGCCUUCAAAUACUCUGGUGGAGAAUGAAGCUGAGCCUACCAAGGUUGCUGCUGAGAGUGAAGCUGAGCCUACGAAGGUUGCCGCAGAGAGUGAAGCUGAGCCUACGAAGGUUGCCGCUGAGAGUGAAGCUGAGCCUCCAAUGUUUGCCACUGAGAGUGAAGCUGACUCUACAAAGAUUGCAGUUGAGAGUGAAGCUGAGCCUUCAAACUUCACAGUUGAGAGUAAAGCUGAGCCUUCAGAUGUUGCAAUUGGGAGUGAAGCUGAGCCUUCAAAGAUUGCCGUGGAGAGUGAAGCUGAACCUUCAGCUGAAGGUGUACUUUGUGUCGAACGUGAAGCUGGCAAUGUUGGAGAUGAAGAGACAAAACUAACUGAAGAAGGAUCUAAUACUGAUGCUGUGGAUGUACAAAAUAUGGGAUCAGAGGUAGUGAAAAGGCCAUUUUACUAUUUGAUCAGGAUACCAAGAUACGAUGAUGAUGAAAAUAUAAAAGAACAGAUAAAGAUUGCUAUCCAACAAGUAGAAGAGAAGACUAGGAUUCGGGAUGAAAUUCGAUCCGAAAGCCAGAAUAAAAAGGCCACAUGUAAGGAGUACAAUCAAGAAUUUAGAGCUGCAAUAACAGCAGAGAGGGCUGCUCGGGACACACUCAAAUCCAAACGCCAAGAAAUGGAUUUGGUUCAAGCCACAAUGAACAGAUUAAACAAUGCAAUUUCUGUUGGGGAUAUAGAUGGCAAGAUAAGAAACAUGGAACACAUGAUUGAGCAUGAAACACUCCCUCUAAAAGAGGAAAAGCAAUUGAUACGUCAGAUCAAACAAUUGAAGCAGAAUCGGGAGGAGCUGUCUUCUAGUAUGGCGAAGCAGGAUCAAUCACAGAAAUCUCUAGACGACAAGGACAAUUUUGAAGAGAGCUCAAAGAAAUUACAGCUUUUGAAGAAGGAAAUAGAAUUGCUUAGAAGUAAUGUUCAGAAGGCAGAGGCAGCAACCAAAGCUGCAAAGAAGAAAUACGAAGAUGAAUGCAACAUAUUGAAUGAGAUAUCAGCUCGGUUUAAGUUUGCUGAUGACGUUCGCCAAGAAGCAUAUGCGAAAUUACAGACUUUGAAGAAACAAUUCCAUUUGAAGAGCAAAUACUUUUGGGAAUACAAAAAUGCUUCGAAGAAAGGGCAGGACCUAGCCGCAGAAGGAAAGAAAGAGGAACUGCAAUGCUUCUGUAUGGAUCAGGUUGAGCGAAUGAUGGAGCUGUGGAACAAAAAUGAUGAGUUCAGAAGGGACUAUGUACGGUGCAACACCAGGAGUACACUAAGGAGAUUGCAAACCCUGGAUGGCCGAUCACUGGGUCCUGAUGAAGAGCCACCAGUAAUUCCGAGUUUCUUACCCGAAAGAGUAUCCAAAGAUAAUUCUUCAGUCUCGCAAUCAACUCUCGAUCAAGAAAAGAAACCAACACCAGCAGAAUCUGUUAAUAAAAAGGCUGAAUCAGCUCCAAAGGCAGUGGAACAAAAAACUGAAAAAAGUCAGACAACCAAAGCUAAAAAGGCUGCAAAAGCCACUCCUUUGGAGAAGUCAGUGGCUGCAAUUCCUCGAUGGGCAGAUGAGCCUGAAGAUAUACCUGAAGAACCAGUGCGAACAAAGGAGGAAGAGGAGCAGAUCUUAAAGGCCGAAAUCGCAAGAAAGGAAGAGGAAGCAGCAAAGUUGAAGGAAAAGCGAAGGCUAGAGGAAAUUGAGAAAGCUAAGGAGGCAAUGCUUCGGAAACAGCGUAAUGCUGAGAAAGCCCAACAAAGGGCUGCCUUAAAGGCACAAAAAGAAGCCGAACAGAAAGAAAAGGAAAGGGAGAAGAGAUUAAGGAAGAAGGAAAGAAGAAAGGCUGCUGCCACUGAAACAGCAGAAAACACAGAACAAGAACCUGCUCCUAUCUCUGAGACUGUAACAAGGAGUACGGAAGAAUGUGUUCAGAGUGAAAAACCGGUUGAGGUAACAAGAAGAUCACAAUAUACAAGGCAGAGCAAGGCAAAAUCUAUGCCGCUCCCUCUUCGCAACAGGGGAAAGAGGCGAAUUCAGCCAUGGAUGUGGGCUGUGAUCGCUGUUCUGGCUGUUGUUGCCUUGUUUUUCUUGGGGAAUAACAGCUCUUUGAGAUCUUGGCUCCAAGGUUCUGCUUAUUGAGUAUGAUACAAAGUAUAAUCUACUUUUUAUUUUACUUUAUUUUUUAAACUAAGCAUUACUAGACUACUAGGUGUUUGCCGGGGAUGUUACCCUUAUAUUUAUUACAUUUACACUUUACAUACAUACGUAUAGGAGCAAUUCUUUCGUGCGCUUACAUUUUUUUUUAACUCCGGUUAGUUUUGAUUAUUUUCUUUA